UUUAAAAUUAGGGUUUUAGGGUUACCUUCCUUUAUAAACUCUCAUUUUGAAGACUGGAAAAACCUAGUGUAACACGCAGAGAGAGAGAGCAAAAUCUCUGUGUAGAGAAAACGGCCCCGUUUUAGCAGAGCCAUGGUGCACGUCUCCUUCUAUCGCAACUAUGGAAAGACAUUUAAGAAGCCCCGUCGUCCAUAUGAGAAGGAGCGAUUGGAUGCAGAGCUGAAGCUGGUGGGAGAGUAUGGUCUGCGUUGCAAGAGAGAGCUUUGGAGGGUUCAGUAUGCUUUGAGUCGUAUCCGUAAUGCUGCUAGAAUGCUUUUGACUCUUGAUGAGAAGAACCCACGCCGGAUCUUUGAGGGUGAGGCCCUUCUUCGAAGAAUGAACCGCUAUGGCCUUCUCGAAGAGAGCCAGAACAAGCUUGAUUAUGUGUUGGCCUUGACUGUGGAGAACUUUCUUGAGCGCCGCCUGCAGACACUUGUAUUCAAGUCUGGUAUGGCAAAGUCCAUCCACCAUGCUAGAGUCCUUAUCAGACAGAGGCAUAUCAGGGUGGGAAGGCAGGUGGUGAACAUCCCAUCUUUCAUGGUGAGGAUUGAUUCACAGAAGCACAUUGACUUCUCAUUGACAAGUCCAUUCGGUGGUGGGCGUCCUGGAAGAGUGAAGAGAAGGAACCAGAGGGCAGCUAGCAAGAAGGCUUCUGGUGGAGAUGGAGAUGAAGAGGAUGAAGAGUGAGCCAUGAGUUGAAGAAAACAAAAAAACUGUUGCUAGUAGAACUCCUGCUGUUGUCUCAUCUAGUUUUGUUGUCACCCUUUCUGAGGCUAGGUUUCUUAAAAAAAUUACUGCAGUAAUGUUUUGUUUUCUGAACAUUGAUAUUGUGUUUGUUUUAUGAUGCAUUUGUGUAUCUAUGACUUUUUGCUGAGGAUAUAAUUUUUGCUCCAAAUGGCAACACAACUGGUUAAAUAUUAUCUUUUA